CGGCCGAUUCAGAUCGUUCUGGAGCGUUGAAGCGUGCGGUUGCUUCAUUUUCCAGGUUUCGCCAAACAGCGACGAGCGGCGACGAUAGAACGGUUCGGAUCGGAAGCAGCUGGAAGGAGGAACGUAGGAAGAUAGUGCAUCACCGGGAUGAGAGCAGUCGUUUUUGCCGAGCGUUGUUUCCGGGCUACGGUUAUCAACAGCUGUGAGAGUGUCGCACGGCGUCUUCGGCGUCGAGUGGAGAAACACACAUCCUCGUGGAGAAGAGCUCCCGUGCGGUGGCUUUGUGCAGGGGCAAGGCAAUCAUCGUGGCGUGGGAGAGAUCAAGUGAGUGAGUGAAUCAGAGAGUCGCGAUAUAUUGCAUUGUGGACACGGAUUUCGCUUCGAAACUGUGCCAGAAUGGGUUCGGCAGCAACACCACAUUUGUCCGGGACGUUUUCGCUAGAGGGCGUCCGGGUAGUUGCUGCUUUGCGGAGGCAAGGCCGAGUCCAGAAGUUGAUUAUAAAUUUAGUCAUCGGCCAGGCCUUGCCAGGACUGGACGCUUCUGGUGGUAAGCUAUUUGAGCCCCUUUUCGUUUCCAGUUUUUGGUGGGUUUGUUGGUUGACCAGAGGAACUUCGGCUACAAGUGUUGCAUUUGUGCAUCCAAGCGCUGCUGGCGAUUUGUGUGAUCCGUCCGGAAGUAUUGAGCUUCGAACAAGUUGUUUCGGAAUGGCACAGCGGAGCAACUAACGAAAGAAAAAAAAACAUUCGAACUAUGUGCGGUAGAGUGAGGUUGGUUGGCUGCAUCAAUCCACGCCAGCGGUCGGUAGAAGGAAAAAAAAACGAGUGUCGCACAGUGUGCCAGUGAAAAUGUUUUUGAUGAUGACGAUGAUAGGUACAAUAGUAAUCCGGGACAUGAGCGUUUAUCGUUGGAAGCUGAAAUUUAUGGUCCACCACAGGCCUCCGUAGUCAGAGUCUGGAUCUCGGUAGUCCCUGGGCAUGGAAGGAGACCCGCACUCUCUCUGCGAUACCUCUCGCACUUUUCCGUACGCCGCAAUGAAAACGGUUCGCAUUCGGAUCGGUGUAGGACACUGGCAAGGCUCGAACGUAACGACAGCACAAGUAUGGAAUGCUGAUCGUAUAAUAUCAAUAUACGGUGAGACACGCUAUUUGCAUUUAUUGCUCCAUAAGAACAUAUUCAAAUAUAUGCACAUAACGAGACGGAAUAUUUACCUAGGGAACAGCACACACAGUGGAAGCCUGGUGAACCAGUCAAUGGUCCAGUUGGACGCCGGACAGGUCCGACGAGUUCUACACGAAGCACUGGAUCUGUGGGCUCAGAAUGCAAAUCUCACGUUUCGCGAGGUGUACAGCAAUGAAGCCGACAUUCAGGUGCUUUUCGCUCGACAGUUUCACGGAGAUGGCUAUCGGUUCGAUGGGCCCGGUAAAAUUCUUGCACACGCUUUCUAUCCCGGAACCGGUAUCGGUGGUGAUGCUCAUUUUGAUGAGGAAGAAACCUGGCUGCUCAAUGAGCCUCUGGGAACCGACGGUACUCGUCUAUUCGAUGUGGCCGUUCACGAGUUUGGUCACUCGCUGGGCUUGGGACAUUCAUCAGUGAAGGAAGCCAUCAUGUUUCCCUGGCAUCAUGUGUCAUACCGUGGCAAGGAUACAAUUCCCGAAGACGAUAGACUGGGGAUCCAAGGUAUCUACGGUCCAAAAAAGAAAACCUACGGUCGUAAUCCUGAACGAAAUACUCCUUCAACGAGCACAACCACGACUACUACUACAUUGGCUCCCCCUCGUCGGCCAUCCACCAAACGGUAUUAUCCCCGAAAGGAUCACAAUGGCCAUCCAUGGGAAGAUCUACCGGCCAACAAUCCAGUACAGCCGUGGAAAACUAAAACAACAACAACAACCACCACCGAAAUUCCCCGACGUCGCAUUUACUAUGCGGAUAAGCCUCGAGGUGUCGGAACGGAUUAUCCAACUCGACGAGUGUACCAUGAAGACCGACCGUACCCCAGAGAACCCGAGGAAGAAACCCCACGACACGUUCCGACGCCUACCAAGAUCCACCAUCAUCAUCACCACCAUCAUCGAACGCAUCAUCCGGCCACACGACCGCCACUGCCACGCAUUCCGGAUCCCUGCGAUACUAGCUACGACGCUGUCACUCUUAUCCGAAACGAACUCUUUAUCUUUAAGGAUCGCUACCUGUGGCGAAUUUUCGAAAAUGACGUUCAAAACCGACCGCCGAUCGAGAUCGAUCGAAUGUUCUUCGGACUGCCGCGAAAUUUUGCACGGAUCGACAGUGUAUACGAAAAUAAACAUCAGAAGAUUGUAUUCUUCAUAGGAAAACAGUAUUACGUUUUCAACUCGCAACACCUUGAACCGGGAUAUCCGAAACCGUUGACGCAUCUUGGACUACCGGAAAGCAUCGAUAGAAUCGAUGCAUCCCUCGUUUGGAGCUACAAUAACCGGACAUAUCUCUACAGUAAUCGUCUUUAUUGGAGAUUCGACGAAGAUGCGAACCACGUCGAGCUGGACUACCCGAGGGACAUGUCGAUGUGGAAAGGUGUCGGGUACAAUAUCGACUCGGCGUUCCAGAAUCGUGACGGUAAGACCUACUUCUUCAAAGGUACAGGGUACUGGCGGUUCAACGAUCUACGCAUGAGUGUCGAUCAUGAAGAACCGCUUCCGUCCGCACACGAGUGGAUGAAGUGUCAACAACGGGAACCGAUGGUUGACACUACGACCGAGGGUCAACAACAAGAAGUCAGUGGUUCCACGCCGAUUACGAGGAGUACUUUUGGGAAUACCGUCGUGCUACUCCUGUUACUGCUUGUCUCUGUCAGCUUCAAUCGAACGCGACCGUAGGCAUUCACUAGUAGCAAAAUUAAAUAAAACCACAUCGGAUCAAUCGGAAUGGAUUCAACUAGCUUAGAGAUAAGAUUAUCUCGUAGACUAGACAUGAAGUAAAUCACUGCCGAAAUGUGGGUGCUUAUUAAUGCAAUCUCAAGCUAUUAGAAUUUGUGCAAUACCGUAUGAGCAUCAUAAGAUUUUGAUUCCAGUAAGCUUUGAAUCCAAGGGACAAUCCGAAGUCCACAGACUACAUCUAGCGUAUAUUCCAAUAAUUUUAUUAGGUUAAGAAUGAAUUGUGUAAAAACAUUUUAUUAUAAGUUAGUGUGAAAAAUGUGAAAAUUUUACAGUCGUACGAGAUAGCAUUAAUGUAGACAAACUAUCAACUGAAUCAACUAUACUGACUACGACAAGGUGAAUUUGAACAAGUUAUGUUCGUUGUGAUAUGCGGCUAAGAAUUUAGUACGAUAAUUUAUGCAACGUUUCGGCUCAUUCCGGUUCUGAGCAAUUCCAUACGAAAUCGAAGGUCGAUUUUUACUUGUAUUGUUUGAUUUGGCUCAAGUGUUGCAUAUGCAUUUUUUAUGAUCGAAAGAGACGAUUUGCAUCAAAAGUUUGCCAUUUUUACUCUAGCCUUACUUUUGAGAAGGGACUAAGCAAAAAUCCCUUAAAAAUUUUCAAUAAUAUGCGUUUCAGAAACGGUUAGUCAGAUCGAUUUGGUGUCUUUUGCAAUGUUUUAGGUAGUUUUAAGGACUAUGUAAAAAAAUUAGAUACUGUUGAAAAAAAUUUUUGUUUGAUUUUCAUUUAAAAAAAACCUUCAAAUUCAAAUAUCUGAAAAAUGUAUUUCUUUUUUUGUUGUUUUUUUAUAUGUUGUGGCUGAAGUCCGAAGAAAAA